AUAGAGGAGAACACAAUGCUUCACAAGUUUUUUGCAUAGAUAAAAAUAGAGGAGGUGCCAAAAUUGUGCAUUGUAGCUGAAUGAGCAAGUAGUGGAAAAGCUAAAAAGCACAUUCUGAGUUGAGAGUUGAGAAGAACCUGAAGCGUGUAUGUGUAUUGUUGAUAGCAGAGAAAGAAAGAUAUGGGUGCAUAUUGCAACGGCAACGUUUCGUUGUCACCAUCCUACGACGUCGCUUCAGCCGAAGAUCCCAGGUUCUGCAAGCACGUUCACGACAACGUCCAUGGCAAUAUUUAUCUCGAUUCCCUUAGUUUGAAGUUCAUUGACACUGAGCAGUUUCAGAGGCUUCGCGAGUUGAAACAACUAGUUGCAGGUGCAGUUUUGUUGCCAUCCUUGACACUACGGGACAUUAUAGGCAAAUGUGGUUCAUGUGGCUGCAAAUGUGGUUCAUGUGGCUGCAAUUGCGGUUGUGGUUUUACAAACAUGGUUUAUCCAGGUGCUGUGCAUUCCAGAUUUGAGCAUUCUCUUGGCGUGUAUUGGCUUGCCAGUCAAUGUGUGGAAAAGCUUAAAACUUAUCAAGGCUUGGAGCUUGGUAUUGAUAGAUUUGAUAUUCAAACAGUGAAACUUGCAGGACUUCUGCAUGAUGUGGGACAUGGCCCGUUCAGUCACUUGUUUGAACGCGAGUUUCUUCCCCAAGUUAUUAGUGGUUCUGAUUGGUCACAUGAACAAAUGUCAGUCGAUAUGGUUGAUUAUAUUGUUGAUGAACACCAUAUUGAUGUUUACCCCCAAAUGAUAAGAAGAGUCAAGGAGAUGAUACUGGCAAGCUCUGAAUAUGCUCCUUCAAUGAGCUCAAGUGAGAAAAGUUUCUUGUAUGAUAUUGUUGCAAAUGGCCGAAAUGGAAUUGAUGUUGACAAGUUUGAUUAUCUUCUUCGUGACUGUCGAGCUUGUGGUCUAGGAUGCAACUUUGAAUUUCAAAGGUUAUUGGAGACAAUGCGGGUUUUGGAUGACGAGAUUUGUUAUCGUGCUAAGGACUACCUUACCAUCCACAAAAUGUUUGCCACUCGUGCUGAUCUUUAUAGAACAGUUUAUACACAUCCAAAAGUGAAGGCAAUAGAGCUUAUGGUGGUUGAUGCACUUGUUCACGCUAAUAGUUAUUUGGGGAUUUCGUCUAAUAUACAUGAUCCUUCUGAGUACUGGAAGCUGGAUGACACAAUAAUUAAAACUAUUGAGACAACUCCAAAUCAAGAACUAAAGGAGGCCAGGGAGUUGAUCCUGCGCAUUCGAAGGAGGAAUCUGUAUCAGUUUUGUAAUGAGUAUCCCGUACCAAAGGAUAUGCUGGACAAUUAUAAGAAGGUCACUGCUCAAGAUAUUGUUUGUUCUCAGAAGAGUGGUGGAGUUACACUGAAAGAGGAGGAUGUAGCUGUUUGUAAUGUCAAAAUUGAUUUGACUCGUGGAAAGCAUAAUCCUCUGGAAAGCAUCCACUUUUUCAAGGAUUAUGAAAGUGAUGAGAAAUUUACAAUACCUGAUGACCGUGUAAGCCACUUACUACCUACAUCUUACCAAGAUAUGAUAGUUAAGGUGUAUGCCAAAAAGCCAGAACUGGUGGAGGCAAUUUCAGAGGCUUUUGAAAAUUUUCAGUUGAAAACUUAUGGGAUCAAAACACAGGCACAUUCAACACCACAGAAGAAGCGUCGAUACAAUUCAUUUAUAUAAGGCUCAUUCAACACCCUUCUUUUCCUUCUUUGUCCCACCCUUUUUUGGUAUACUUACAUUUUCCACAGUUGAAAUGUAGUAUAAGUCAACAGAAACCAAUGCUACUCGCUAAAGGUUGUAUUUGAGUUACCAUACCAAAGAAUCAAUUACAUGUAUAGCAAUGUUAAGUGUAACAGCUUCAUUUAGCUGUAAUUAGCAGUGAGAGCAAUCAUUUUUUGUCACUGCUAGUUGGCAGUUUCAACUUGCAAAUGUUUACCAAAUAUCUUGUUCAAAUUGUACCAGUUUCAUGGAUGAGAAUGCAUCUCCAGUGUACCCUUCUAUACUACUAA